AUGCCUGGAGAAGAGAGUCAGAUCAACGCCGAGAUCAUCGCGGAGCGGAUGAAAACGAAUCUGAUCCUCGAAGAAACUUUACACUCUCGUCUUGCUAGAGAUGCUCCCAAGGGAUGGGAGCAUCUCCACCCCAUCAUCUACGAUGGACAGCAAGAGUAUCACGGGUUCAAAAAAUUCCCUCGGUAUCACGCUAACCAGAGAGCUUACCUCGUCACUCGAGAGUUUAGGGACGGGAUUUAUAUCGCGACCGCGAUUAGAAACCUCAGCGCUUGCUCCCAGAGGGAGAUUGUGAGGCUGCUUGAGGGGAUUGAAGACCAAGGACGGGAUGAUAUAAUCUAUGUGGCCAACCAAGGUGAGGAGAUUCCCUACUACUUCGAGAGCGAGGAUCCUGAUUUCAUUGAAUGGAUAGGGACUCGUUUGGUAUGA